UUGAUUUUCACUCCCUAGUCCCGCUUGACAGUCCAGAUGAGUCUCUCGAAGCCCCCGCCACCGCCCUCCACCUCCCACCUGGCCAUCCCCCCCGCCUCCACGCCCAGCCCUUCCUCGUGCACCUCCCCCUCGUCACGCCACCACCCGGCCGCUCCUCCCCCGCCCUCGCCCGUCAAGAUCUCUAUGCAGGAGCACUUCGCCAUCAACGUGUGCCCCGGGCCCCCAUCCUCCCCCAUCCCGCAGAUCUCGACUUCUUCCCCCCGUUCACGGACUACCCCGUGCACCCCGCCGCCGCCCAGGGAGAAGAAGAUCCUGAAGGAGGAGACGUUCAACGGGGAGACGGGUGGAGGGUUCAACGAGGGGGAGAAGAAAGGGGCGCCCGCCGGAGACAGGGAGGAGAUGUUCGACUCGGAUGAUGAAGACACCUACCUGGGAACGCUGGAGUUCAGCCUGCUCUUUGAUCAAGAGAACAACUGCCUUCACUGCACUAUUCACAAGGCGAAGGGUCUGAAAGCAAUGGACUCCAACGGGCUGGCCGAUCCAUACGUCAAGCUCCAUCUUCUCCCAGGAGCCAGCAAGGCAAACAAGCUACGUACAAAAACCUUGAAGAACACCCUGAAUCCGGUGUGGAACGAAACGCUGGUGUAUCAUGGCAUCACAGGAGCCGACAUGACCACCAAAACUCUCAGGCUGUGUGUGUGCGACAUGGACAGGCUUGGACGGAACGAGUUUAUCGGCGAGGUGAGAGUGGCUCUGAAGAAACUGAAGGAGGGCGAGAACAAACGCUACAACAUGGGCCUGGAGAGAAUUGCACAGAAUAAGGAAGCUAACAAUCAGCUGGUGGAGCAGGGGGCAGUGGUGGCGGAGGAAGAGCGUGGACGCAUCCUGGUGUCGCUGUGCUAUAACACAGAGAAGGGCUGCCUGCUGGUUGGGAUCAUACGCUGUGCCCAUUUGGCCGCCAUGGACUCCAACGGCUACUCUGACCCUUUCGUCAAAAUCAUCUUACAGCCAGAUAUGGGGAAAAAGUCCAAGUACAAGACUACAGUGAAGAAAAAGACUCUCAAUCCUGAAUUUAAUGAGGAGUUUUCAUACGAAGUAACCUUGGACCAGCUGGCAAAGAAAACCCUGGAGAUCUCCGUGUGGGACUACGACUUGGGAAUGAGCAAUGACUUCAUAGGCGGAGUGGAGUUGGGCAUCAAUGCAACCGGACAGAAACUCAGACACUGGUUUGAGUGUCUCAAAAACAAAGGGAAGAAAGUGGAAUACUGGCACACGCUCACGCAGCAGGGAGCCCCGAGCGGCGACAAGCCGGACUAGAUUACCCAAGACAUUCCCUCAGACAAAGGCACACCCACAAGCACAGAUGCGUUUGUCUCACUUGAACGACGGCUGACAAGAAUCCCACAACAACAGCGGCGGCGACCGGAACAAAGAGCAAAAGAUGCAAUAAUUAUACCGUUACGAAUCUAAAUUGUCAUGUGUUGCCCCGCUUAUUGAGGCACGACGUAUUAGUAUAUACUCAUACUAAUCACAGUGAUGGUGACAAGGUAUAAUCUGAAUCUAUUUAUUUUUCUAGGUGAAACAAAAUUGUGAUGAUGUCCUCGUUGAAGUGUUGCCGUACCAAAACGUUGCAUUGGAAAUCGUGCACAGACCUCACCCGUUUGUGGAAAUUCAACCCGUUACUCCAAACUUACAGCUAACGAAGGGAUCAGAGGCUCACUCGGUCAAAGUGGCCAGCUAUUUGUACACCCUUGUGACUUGUAAUGUGGAAAAUAGUUGCAGGAGUCUCUAACCUAAAAGUAGUUGCUGUCGACCCGAUGCAAAGCAAGACACCAUAUGAUUAUACUGUAAAGCACAAGAUGAUCCAUUCUGUGGAUUUGUACCUUUAUCUUUUUCAGUGUUACGUCUUUUUUGUUAUUUGUGUGUUGCCGGUGGUGUUUUAUCCACUAUGUGUCAGGCAGUAAUGUGUCAGCAUUUUACGUGUGCGUGUAUGUGUGUGUGUGUGUGUGUGGGGGGGGGGAGUUUUGAUACGAGUGCCUACAUUUUCUGUACGUGCAAAACGAGUCUAUCUGUAUUCUCCUCACGGCCCAUUCAGAAUGUUUCCAUUCGACUUCAGGAGCACUGAGGUGUGAAGAAAUAUUGACGAAAGGCAAGAGCGGUCCAUUCGGCGGAGAGAUCCUCUGUAACCACCUCAGGCCUCGGCGAUGUGCGAACCCCUGGCUGCAGGAUAAUGACAAACAAAACUGUCAGCGGCGCGGGCCGGACAGCCUCCGAGGCUGGGAAAGAAAACACAUUAUCUUAAUGGUCUUUUUCACUAUUUAUUUAUUUAUUUAUUUAUUUUUAAAUGAGACGCAGACGUUCUAUUUUGCAUUUGGAUUGUAUUGCUUGCACAUUUUACGUUUUUUUUUUUACCGAACUACUGACGCAGACUUCAGCCAGAUUGAAGACAAUUUGCCGUACGUCGGUGACUCCGGCUCUGCUCGGAUAAAAUACGCCGCUGAUGCAACAUUUUCUCUAAGCGAGGAAAUGUUGACAUUUUCAAUUCAUGAGAAGAGUCAUCAGAUCGGGACGGCUGGUUGAUUUCUCGCAACAAAGCAGCCCGUACCCUAAGAGAACCAUCU